AUGAAUAAAAAGUAAUCACAGAAGCAAACCGUAACCCGUCAUUAGCAAGCAAUGCCUGCCACCAAGAAACCAUCCCUUAUAAACCCUAAUAAACCCUAUACGUAUCCCAAAAAAAAAACACAUCGAGCCAAAUGUAGGCGUCAAUCGCUCUUGACUCUUCUUCGUUUUAUUUGUCCCCAUUGUUCUCUGUUUUCAUUUGUUUUAGGCUCAUCAUCCAAUGUUACAACAGGAACCAAACUUUUGGGACUUGGGAGAGUUUACUGAGGAAGAUUAAUGUAGCUUUGGCAAAGCGAAGCUCUUUUUCAGUUUUUCUUCCUCCCUGCUCCACUACAAUCCCCAUGGAGAAUGUAGGUUCAAAACCAUCCCCAGCUUAAAUCUAUCACUAGUUCACAACUCAGAUCCUAUCUCACUUUCUUUCUCCAAUGGGUAUUUUCCAGACCACACUUUUCUACUUGCUUUUGUUAAAUAUUGGCUCAAUAACUGCUAAACAAGAGGAAUGGAUGUCUGCUACUGCAACAUACUCCAAAGAAACAAAUGGGUCAAUCAUCACAGGUGCUUGUGGUUUUGGGGACCUUCACAAGAAAAGCUAUGGGAUGUACGGUGCUGGAGUAAGUAGCAUGUUAUUCAACAGAGGGCGUACCUGUGGAGGUUGCUUCGAGCUGAGAUGUGUUGACCACAUCCGCUGGUGCUUACAAGGGAGCCCUUCUGUUAUCGUUACCGCCACAGAUUUCUGUCCACCUAAUUAUGGACUUCCAUCGGACUAUGGCGGCUGGUGCAAUUUCCCGCAAGAACACUUCGAGAUGUCUGAGACAGCUUUUGCUGAAAUAGCAGUUAAAAAAGCCGAUAUCGUGCCUGUUCAGUAUAGGAGGGUGAACUGCGUGAGGAAUGGAGGAUUGAGAUUCACAAUUAGUGGGAGUUCCUACUUCUAUCAAGUCCUGAUCACCAAUGUUGGGCUGGAUGGCGAGGUGGUCGCAGUGAAAGUAAAAGGAUCAAAGACCGGGUGGAUUCCAAUGGGAAGGAACUGGGGCCAAAAUUGGCAAUGUAACAUAAAUCUUGGAAGGCAGCCUCUAUCUUUCGAGGUGACAAUAGCCAGUGGUAGGACAGUUACAUCUUACAAUGUAGCUCCAGCAAAUUGGCAGUUCGGUCAGUCAUUUGAAGGGAAACAGUUCUAAGAGAGCUGAAAAGCUUCAAAAUUACAAAUAGGAUAGUUGGGGGUUGGAUAGAAACUGUAUAAUGAGGGAAGCUCAAAGUCAUGAGUUUACCAGUACUUGGAAUAUUGGGAUCCUGAAACUUUGAAACUUUGAAACGCAUUAUAACCUUAUCCAAAAAAAGGGAAAAGUAAUGCCUAUAUUAUUUAUAUAUUGGUAAAGAUAGAUUCAUACA